GCCGCCCAUUCCGUCGCGAACCACCGGCCGUGCCGCACGUAGCCAUGAUCGAUUACGCGCGUCCAUACGAUCAAAGCAUGUGCGAUCUCUACCUACCUCCCUCGACGCCGGCGCCCGCGCGCCUCGAUGAUUUUCAAGUUUUCAAGAAAGGGAACCCUUCCUACGUCUACGGUAACUACUACAACAACUACGAAAUGUACGGCGAAUCGGAAAUCGACACCGCCGCGAAUGUCUAUCACACCCUCGUCAACUCCCGUGAGUACCGUCACGAGGAAUGGAAGUACAAAAUGAUCGUUGAUUGGAACGACAACGACACGGUGUCCUGGGUCAUCGACUGCGCCGUUUCUCACGGAUUUUGCGAGUACGAUGUGCCGUUUUACAAUUUCAACGUUCCAGGCUUGGAACUGCGGAACAUGAGAAGAGAGGAAAUUCUACAGAGAAUGGCUCACCCCAGCGUCGACCCUAAUCUGUCGAGGAGGAUAGCCGAGACUAUUUUUGAAAAAUUACAGAACCGACUCAACGAAGAGAUGCUGCGACAGUCAUCAGUGUUCAGAUACGUGGAAAGUGAUUCGUACCAAAACAAUGAACAAGUGCCGACUAUGUUAGAUUUGGACUCUGUGAACCACAAAGACAGGUUAUACGCGUCGGAUUAUAAACCAAACGAUAUAAGUUUGCUGCAAGCGGCCGAUUCCAGCGACGACGCGGAGGAGGUGUUCCGUUCAUCAGAUCGCUCAACGGCGUCCCCGGAGGGCUCGUAUGGCAGUGACAAGUCUGGUGACGAAGAAGAGAAGAGAAAGAUGUUCAAACGACCACCUGGACGGCCCAAGGGAAGCGGUAGAAAAGUUUGCAAGCGCCCAAGGAGCGUGUCUGUGCCAGAGUUUCUACGAAAUCUCUUGUUUGACGAGAAAUACUGCCCGUCUAUCAUCAAAUGGGAAGAUCACUCGCAAGGGAAAUUUCGAUUCGUGAAACCAGACGAGGUAGCGAAGCUGUGGGGUCAGAUGAAACAGAACGACAACAUGACUUUCGAAAAAUUCAGCAGAGCAAUGCGGUAUCACUACAGGCAAUCCGUCCUCGUCUCCGUCCCCACUGCGCGGCUGGUAUACCAAUUCGGCCACAAGGGACCGGACUUCAAGAGCGACAACCCAAACUUCGUCAAAGUUAAAUCAGAAAUAGAUAUACACGACAUGCCCUAUUCAAAUUCGUAGUGGCAUUGUUAGAACGUAAGGAAUUUUAUUGGAAAACGAUGUUUAUGAUGAAGUUGAGGAGAUAAAGUUAAUGUUUCAUGUUUGUAACCCGGGAGCAAUACUCGAUUUUGAAUAUCGAAUUAGUAAUUUUCGUGCGAAUUCCUUUUUCGAAAAAAUAAAAACAAAUAAAAAUAGAAAUAAAUGCAAAUAGAAAGUAAGAGAACUGUUCCUCGCAUUUAUCUUCUAAAUAAAUAAAAUUACUAGAUGUUCAGCGAGUUUUGCCCCGGAAUUAAGUUGUUUGGAAAUGGUAAGAAUAGGAAAGUAUUAGCGAUAUUGAGAUGAUUAUUGAAUAGAUAGAUGUUUUCAGAUUGUAUUGAAUGUGGUUAUAAUAAGCCCGGUGUCCGUUUCGGUAUAGUUUCGAAGGUUGUAACAAACGGUGAUCGUUGGAUUGUUACCGUCAAUUAAUGGUUGUAAGCCCGACUUGUUGAAGUGUCCAUAUUAUUUUUUUAAGUGAUCUUUAUUAAAUUUUUAAGAAUGCUUUUAUCCUCGACUGCGGUGUUUCCGCUGUCGAUUUACGGUUGUUCAGAGUUACGAAUUUUUGAUAAAAUAUUUUUAAAAUUUCGAUCGUUGUUACCGUAUGAAUAAGAUUAGCUUAAAUAGUCUACUGUAGUUAGACGAUAUGUUUAAACAUUCCGUUAUUAUUAUUUAUAUUCCUUCUGAUAUUUUCUAUAUAAGAUUUAUUUUCGAAUUAGUAGGUAUAGUUAUUGUUGCCAUACUUUUUAAACGUAUCGAUGUACUUAAUUUCAAUAUGAUUGUUUCAAUCGUCGUAUUUGUUGUCACUUUCUAGAUUUAAGAUUAAUUUUUUUACGAUUAUUUAUAAUCACCUCUCUCAGUGUUAGAUAUAAUAUAGAAUAAAUUUUAAGCAUGAAACGGUGUGAUCGUGCAAUAAAAAAAAAAAAGACAAGCAAAAGAUCUGUCGGCCAAAGAUUAUGUAGGUUGAAAAAGGUACAUUACUCGUUAAGAAAGUUUUUUUUUUGACAUUAUAAAUGUGUUUUAGUUAUAAGAUGGCGACUCUCAGGCAAUUGCUGUGAUGUAAAGUAAACUUUGAUUUCGAUUUAAUUUAUGUAAAUAGUUAUAUACAUUCUGAAUCAUCGAAUUAAAAUUAAUACUUCGUUUUACUGUUAAAUAUAAUUUAAAUAAUUAUUUUCUUAAUAUGUAUUUUAAAACUUAAUCUUUCAAAUUUUUUAUAAAUCUAAGUAUCUAGAUAUAUAUUGAAUCGUCUAGUAUUAAAUGUUGUCAAUUUACUACAAGUACAAAAUUUGUGUCUUGACAUUUUUAAAUAUAAUUAUAAAUGAUACAGUAUUCUUGUAAGCAAUAGUUGUUAAGGUAUUUCGUAAAAUUUACUGAAAAUUUUAAUUUAAAAGACACCUCGGUGCGUAUAUGUGCUUGUUACUUGUGUUUUGAAUUCAUUUUACGAGAUAGCGUUUUUAUGUUCGCGGAAUGAAGGGUAGGGUUGAAAUUAAAAA